AUGAAUUCAUCCAUGUUCGACUAUUUGGUCCGUACGGUGAAGAAAAAUAAUUGUCCUAUUUAUCAGAUGGAGACAAUUCAAGUAGCUAUAGGUGCUGCUGGACAAGUAUCGGCAUCGCAGGUAGCACAAUUGCUGAAAUCUGUUUCUACCGAUGAUGAUAAACUUGAAUUGGCAAAAAUGGCGUAUGGUUAUGCGGUCGAUCCAGCUUCGUAUGCUACUAUUGUUGGCGAAACAUUUUCGUCCAGCUAUACAAAAGCCGUACUAAAUGCAUAUAUUCAACGCCAUUGGUGA